AUGUAUCUCUAAUAGAACGAAUCUCUGAUUCCAUUUGAUGAGGAUGAUUUCAUUUACUUAGAAAAGGAAUUUGAUCCAAAAUUUUUGGAAGAGUCAGCUAUGCUUAUAGAGAAAAAUGAUAUAUCUAAACUAUAGAACAUAAGAGAUUUUCAUAAGCCUAUAAAUGAAUAAAAACUGAAAUUUAUAAUAGAUGACUGGCAUUCAGUUUAAAAUAACUUUCAAAGGAAAAAUAGAAUUGAUUCAAUAGACAAUAUAAUCUGCGAUGAAUAUGACACCUUAGAUGAUGCUGAAAACCGAAUGAAUUUAAUGAUUUCUCAGAUUGAAGGAGCAUAAAUAUGGACUAAUUACAAAGUAGUUGAGGACUAUCAAAAUUAGCUUAGUAAUCAAGAUUGGUUAAAAUUCAACCAGCAAAAAAAGUUUGAUUUCAAGACGAAUCCUGAUUUAAAGAAUCUUAGUGAUUUGAUCAAGCUUUCAGUAAACAUAGGCUUGCAUGAUUUAUCCUCAGAGGGACGAUCAGCUGCAUGGUAAUUGAUGUUGGGAAUUGAUAGAGAUAGCGAGUAGUAUAAAAAUCAAAUAGAAUUUUUCAGAUCUACUGUUUUUGUAAAACCAGAGCCUAAAUCUGAGCAGUAAAAGGUAGAAAGCCUUCUUAGUAAAGAUGUUAUAAGAACAUUUUCAUCUUUGCAGCUAUUUUCUCAAAAUCCUACAACAGGCUAAAAUAAACUCUUCAAUGUUCUUAAAGUCUAUUCAAUUUUUGAUUCUGACCUAGGAUACACUCAGGGUAUGAGUUUUGUUUGCGCAUUAAUUCUGAUAUGUCUGAAUCAUGACGAGGAACUAUCUUGGGUAGUGUUUAAAAGAAUCUUAGAUAUUGAUGAUUGGAGAAGACUAUACACCUCGACAGCCCCAAAGCUUUAUGAAUUGACUAAAAUAUGUCAUCUUAGAGUCUUUAUUUGCUUCGCCAUUUUUCACGUUAUUUUCUAACUUGAUCCCUAUUGA